AUGAAGCACUCCGUCAUUUCUCCGGCCAUCCUUUACUGGGGUACACCUGUUGUGGUUAUCUCUUCCCUGAACGAAGAUGGCAGCAGCAACCUGGCUCCUAUGUCCUCGGCUUGGUGGCUCGGCCACUCCUGUAUGCUUGGCUUAGACUCCGAGUCCAAGACAACCGGCAACAUCCUUCGCACGGGGCAGUGCGUUCUCAAUCUUGUUGAUCACACCCAGGCCCCUGUUAUCAAUCGCCUUGCUGGCACAACGGGAACCGAUCCUGUUUCCGCUUCGAAAAGGUCGCGCGACUAUCGCUUUGUCUACGACAAAUGGGCCGUCGCCAAUUUGACAUGA